UGAGUUGGAGAUACAAGUCAUUAACGUUCUUCUACACUUAAAUUUCAAAUUUCGGUUGUUAUUUUGUAAUAAGGAAAGGAUAUAUAGCAACAGUCUCUUCUUCUUUCGAUUAGCAUCAAGAAGAUCUUUACAUUGGAACAUGGCUACGUCUGCGUCGGACACAAGUAUUCGAGUAGCCAUCAGGGUACGACCAUUAAUAAGACGUGAGAAUGAUUGCAAUUGUGAUGAACAUUGGCAUGGAAAUGAUGGCACUUCUAUUUCACAGUACCAAGAUGGAAAGAAGCUCCUGAACACAACUUUUACCUUUGAUCGUGUCUUUGGUAAAGAAAGCAAAACGAUCGAUCUGUACGACGACUUUGCAAAACCAGUUGUUCGUGCCGUUAUGGAGGGUAUAAAUGGUACGCUGUUUGCAUAUGGGCAGACUUCGUCGGGAAAGACAUUCACGAUGACAGGGACGUCACAGUCGCCAGGCAUCAUAUUAUACGCCCUUCAAGACGUCUUCGACUACAUCGCGGACAGUAAAAAUCAAGAGUUCCUCCUACGAGUGUCUUUCUUGGAAAUCUACAACGACAAGCUGACUGAUCUCCUCAAUCCCGGUCAGGCGAACUUAAAAAUACGCGAAAACACUAAUCGCGAGAUAUCUGUGGAAAAUUUGACCGAGGAGGUCGUGACGUCCAUUGAUGAGGUCAUUCGGUUUAUGAACAUUGGUCAGAAAAAUCGUCGCAUUGGGGCGACGAACAUGAAUGAACGGAGCAGUCGCUCCCAUACCAUCUUCCGAAUGAUUGCAGAAAGCAGUCCAAGUUCCUUACACAGCUGUGAACCGGGCGAGAUAGGCGACGCUGUAAAAGUUUCGCAUUUGAAUCUAGUCGACUUGGCUGGUUCCGAACGUGCUUCUGCUAGUGGAGCGGAGGGUCUUAGGCUUAAAGAGGGCUCUUUUAUCAAUACAAGUCUUUUUACGUUGGCUGAUGUGAUCUACAAGCUCAGUGACGGCGAUGGUGGUUUUAUUCCGUAUCGCAACUCGAAGUUGACACGUAUCUUGCAAAAUUCCCUCGGCGGUAACGCCAAGACGUCAAUCAUCUGUGCGAUAACCCCAGCGUCGAUUGACGAAACUCAUACAACUUUGCAGUUCGCGAGCCGAGCCAAACGAAUAAAAAAUAAUCCGGAAGUGAACGAGGUGUUGGACGAUGGUACCAUGUUGAAACGCUGUCGCAGACAAAUCAAACGUUUAAAACACGAGUUAGAGCAGACCAAAGGACGAGAAGAAUCACUUCAAAGAGAGAUGGAACUCCAAAUGGAGAAGGACAAAAUUCAACAAGAACUUGAAGAACAGCGAAAGAUUGCUGAGGAGACCAAAAUCAAGCUUAUGAAAGUCACAAACAUCCUGUGUACUUCGAAACCAAACGAAAAUGAUGUAAAACAACGUAAGCAACGUCGUUGGACCGUUUGCCCGUCGGGCAUACUUCAUAACCCCUUCAUGGAGAUGAAUUUUCCAUUCGAAAGAAAGUUUGUCGAGCCAUGUAUAGGACUGGAGCAGACCUUUGCAUGUAGCCCAAGCAGGGGUUUAGAUGGUGACGCUGAUUUUAACAUGGACAAUCGUCGCAGAUUUUUAGAGGAAAUUCAAGAGAAGGAAGUGGAAGUAAAUGCUGUCCCUGUAGCAAUGAGCGCCAUUUCUUGCUCUGUAAUUGAAACGAAACGAUCAUCUGCCGAGAAUGAUGAAAAAGAAAUCUCAAGUUUGCAAGAUGAGGUGAAAAAAUGCAAAGAGGAGAAAAGGAAACUGCUUAAUGAAGUCGAACAACAUGAUGAAAAGAUUAAAUUGUUGCAAAUAAAGGAAAUUGGUAGUUUGGAUAAAGAUGUUGUUAAGGAAGACGUGGAAGAUUUGCUGAAGAAAAGUGACAUUCGCUGUGAAGUAACUGAAAGAAAAAUGGGCGAAGAAAUUGAAGUCUUAAAAGACAGUCUUGCAGCUGUUAUUUCGGAAAAGGAAAAUAUGAUAAUUGAAAAUGAAAAACUUUUAAUCGAAAUUCAAACGUGUAAAUCGGAGAUGAGUCUGUUGAAGGAAACGUUAGCGUUAAGUGAAUGCAUGUUGAAAGACAGCGAAGCUCGUGCGCUUAAACUCGAAGCAGAAUGCGGGAAGAAAUUGAAAGAAAAGGAAAAUUUAAGCAGCGAUUUAUCUGAAAUGACCACGGAGCUUAUUCAAAAGCAAUCCGACAUCGAAGAUCUUAUAUCUAGUAUAUCUAGUGGGGUAAGACUUGAGGAAGAUUUACUUAAAGCUACUAUAAACUAUGAGCAGACCACAGCAGUGCUGAAGGAAACAAAAAAAACUUUACAAGAUGCGCAACUAACUUUAGAAGAGAAGACCAAAGCACUUCAAAGAUUAGAAGAAAAUUUAAAAACUGCAGAUAGUUAUUCAGACGAGAAGGAGACGUUUCUGUUAAAUUUGAAAGAAAAGGAUGCGCUCAUAGACGAGAAAUCAUCUUUAAUUAUAAAACAGACUGCGGAGUUAGAAACGUUGGUGGAAUCAAAAAAGGAGUUGAUCAAAAAACAUGAACUCAGCGAACAACGGUUGAAAGAAGAGUUUGACAAUCAGAUCGAAUUCAUUCGCGAAGCAGUGAACGAGAAAGAAAAAGAGUUGAGUCGUGUUCAGCAAGAUGAAGUGAACGCGCUUUUGUUGAAAUUACAAGACAAACAAGAGGAAGACGAGAGUAACGAGAGAGAAAGAAUGCGUCUGAACAAAUUGAUCGAAGAAAACACGUCGCAAAUUUGCGAACUUAAAGACUGUGUUGCAGAGAAGACCCAAAAGCACGAGGAUAUUAUAAAUGAAAAUGUGAAGUUGAAUGAACGAAUCACGCAAAUGGAGUCGGUGAUGGAAUGUUUGAACGACGAUUUGAAGGUAAAAAAGUCACGUAUAGUUGAUUUGGAAUCAAAAUUGAAGACGGAAAUUGGCAGUGCUGGUGAGUCUGAUGCGACGGACGAGAAGGAUACACUCUUGGCGGAAAAGGAUGAGCUUCAGGUAGAGUUGCUUCGUGUACAAAACGAAUUAGUUUGCGUAAGGGAGGAGUUGCGUUCGAAAAAUGAAGAUGUUGUCGAAAGCAUGAAUAGCAAACAUAGAAUUGAAGUUGAUGAGCUGAAUAAUCGGAUUGUUGUCUUGAAAAAAGAUUUGGAAAGCAUAACCUUGCAGAAGGGUGAUGUCGAGAAAGAAUUGGUGUUGAGUCGUCAAAAAAAGGAGCUGUUGAACGAAAUGAAUGAACGAGAAACUUCUCAUGCUGUUGAUGAAAAUGAGAUGAAAAAUGAUAGUUUGGAGACUCAGUCAAAAGAGGUUUCAUGUCCAAUGUGCCGCGCGCUUGAUAAGGCUGGGACCGAGCGACGGGAUAGUGAAAUAUUCAAAGCGAUACUCGUCGAUUUCAAAGAACAGAUGGGAACAGACGAUGUUGCAAAGGAUAAGCUUGUGGAGGAGUUAAGACAUGCGUUGAUCGCUGAUCAAGAUGUAUUGGAGCAAAAGCAGUUCGUUUUGGACGAAAAGGAGAUAGAAAUACUCGCAAAGGACGAAGCUAUUGCUCGACUGGAAACGGAAAAUGCUGACUUGAUCAAAAAAUAUGAAUUAAUCCUAGCUGAUUCCAAUGAUCAAAUAACCUGUUUUAAACAAAAAGUCAGUGAUGAAAAACGUCGUCUUUCGUUAUCUGAUGUCAUCGACUAUGAAAAAGUGAUAUGUGAAAAUGCACAUUUGCGUGCCAGUGAAGAGAAAUUGACAAAAGAGAUUGCUCUACUUGAACAGAAACGCCGAGAAAAUGAAAAACUGAACUGCGAAAAUCUAAAACUGAACAACGAAAAUAUAAAACUGAACAACGAAAAUCAAAAACUGAACACUGGUUUAAAGGAAUUCGAAGACGUGAUACAAGAUUUGAAGAUGAAAUGCGCAGUUUUUGAAGACGAGACCAAAGAACUUAAAAUGCAGUUAAAAAAAUCUGCCACUGCUGUUGACGACUCGGUGGCGAAAUGUCUUCAACUGCAACGAGAUAGGGAGGAAGAGCUUGAAGAAAAAUACCGUCUGCAAAUUGACGAAGGAAAUGCAAGAAUCGCCGAGCUGAAUAAUGAAGUUGUCAAACAGUCUAAGAUAAUUUCCAAACUGAAGAAAGAAAAUUACAAACUAAAUAUGUGUUUAAGAGAAUGCGAAGACGAAUUACAAGAUUUGAAGUUUGAGUUCCGUGAUCUACAAGAUGAACACGAAGAACUUAAGACUUCGCUUGAUAACACAGACGGCAAUCCUGCAACUACGAUAGUCGCUGUAGAUAAAACCAGUGAGAUUGAAAUACUGCGCGCGAAAAUCGACGCUUUGGAAAGCGAUGUGGAACGUUAUCGCCGUGCAAUCGGAGAGCUCGAGAAAACUAACAAAUCGUUUCAAGAAAGGGAGUUGGAGUUGCUCAACGCCGAUAGAGAAAAGACGAUGCAUCUUGACAUCGCCGUGAAAAAGAUACGUGCUUUGGAAAAAGACCUUGGUAUGUUUGCCAGACAGAGCAGCGAGCUCAAAGCUGAGAUAAGGGCUCUAAAAAAUCGCGAUCACGAAUCUACUUUUGAUUUAAUGCAUGGUGAACCAGCCAGUUCAUCCAACGGUGAGCCCGUGGGUGUUGUUGGCAGCGUUGCUGUAUUUUCACUAAGCGCUCGACUGGAAAGAAUGAAUGCUGAAAAGAAAAAGAUCGAGGCUGAAUUGGCCAACGCACAAAAGAAAGUGGAGAGUUUGACGAAUGAGAAUGCCAAUGUGAAGAAAAAGAAUCACGAGAUCGAGUGUAAACUUUUGAAAGUCAUGAUGGCUGAAAAUAUCCAAAAGCCAGAAAAGGUUGAUGUAGAAGCUAAACAUGAGUCGAGUAUUGACGUUGCGACGGAUAAUGGACAGCAACCCGCCUUCGGGCAAAUGAAGCGUAAAAAAAGCGAGAAAGAUUAUUUUAUUGUAGCCAGUCAAACGUCAACAAAGUCGCGUGAAAUGAAUUCUGAUAACUUCAAACAACAAAAAUGGAAUGAAAAUGAAAAUUCGUUACAAGGAAAGCCGUUUCUCUAUCCGGGGGAAAAAUCUGCUUUCCGACCAACGGAAUCGUUAUUGAAGGCGGGAUCAAAAUUAGCCGGGCCGCUUCCCAGUCGAAUGAAAACAAACAAUAAAAUGAUCGGGUUGGAGCCACGGGUAGACCGCAAUAGAUCAGAUGGGAUACAGGCUAUCGCAAAAGACAGAUCAGCUUUGCGAUCCAGCAACCCCGUUUCUAGACCAGCACGAGGGUUUGGUUCACAAGGAAAGAGAGGUCCGAAUUUUCCAAAGCACGACCCCAAUAACUGCACACCGCAGUAAUUCGGUUUGAAGAAGACGAUAAGUGCGUAUGUGUAUGUGUUAUGUUGAGCAUCCUGUAGCAUUUUUAGUAACGCUCGAUUUUUAUAUUUUACUUAUUUUUGUUACAAUUAUCACUACGGUGCAAUUAUCUACUUUGCCUCUACAAAUUAUGGGCGUCGUGAACUAGAUUGAACAACAGGCAAAUGCACAAUAGAUCAUUUAUUUAAUAUAUGUACAUAUUAUAGAUCGAUUUACGUAAUAUACAGUCGUACUUAA